CGGUUUGUAAACACUAGUCUGUCAACUGACAGCCAGGCGGCUAAUAACAUCAGAUUUAAAUUGUAUUUUAAUGGAGAUUUUAAUGCUUCGUGUAACGGGGUUAUCUGUAGAAAUGUGUCAGCGUUCAUUUGUUUAUCAUGGACUGCUUCCAUGUUAAAUAUUAGGAGUUUAAAUACGCUGCGAUAGUUGACUUUAACGUCGGCUCACCGGUUAGCCAGGCUAACGGUACCGUUAGCAGUAGUGAAAUGAUUUUGACUGCCACUCAUGGCUUAAUAACUUUAUUUUUUUAAUUUAUCACAACGCGUAUUUAAAGUAACCUCUGGUUCACUGUACUGCGGCAGGAUGAUCUCUCAGGUCUUCAUCUUGUCUUCAAAAGGCGACCACCUCAUCUACAAAGACUUCCGCGGAGAAGCAGGAAGUGAUGUCAUCAGUGUCUUCUAUGAGAAGGUCAUGGCGCUGACCGGAGACCAGCCUCCAGUCGUCAUGAGUCACAAAGAUCUUUACUUCGUCCACGUCAGGCAGGGAGGACUGUACUGGGUUGCCACGACAACGGCUGACUCCUCCCCCUUCACUGUCAUCGAGUUCCUCAACAGGUUAACAGCCCUGGUUAAAGAUUACUGCGGCAGCCUGUCGGAGAAGUCGGUGCAGAUGAACUUUGCCCUGAUCUACGAGCUGCUGGAUGAGGUGGUGGACUAUGGUUACAUCCAGACGACGUCCUCUGAUGUCCUGAAGAACUUCAUCCAGACUGAAGCCGUCUCCUCCAGACCGUUCAGCCUGUUUGACCUCAGCAAUGUCGGCUUGUUUGGAGCAGAGACGCAGCAGAGUAAAGUGGCUCCGAGCUCUGCAGCCACCAGACCCAUCCAGUCGAGCAGAGAGCAGGGAGGGAAGAGUGAGAUAUUUGUGGAUGUGAUUGAGAGGAUGUCGGUGGUCAUCGGCUCCAACGGAGUUUUGAUGAAGGCCGAUGUUGAGGGAGAGAUCAGAGUGAAGUGCUACAUGCCGAGCUGCUCAGCAGAGAUGAGAAUCGGCCUGAACGAGGAGUUCAGCAUCGGCAAGUCACAGCUCAGAGGUUACGGAGCUGCUGUCCGUGUUGACGAGUGCAGCUUCCACCAGGCAGUCCGACUGGACGAGUUCGACACCAACCGGAUCCUCCGACUGUGUCCGAGCCAGGGAGAGCAAACAGUGAUGCAGUAUCAGCUGAGUGACGAUCUGCCGUCAGCGCCUCCUUUCCGUCUCUUUCCGACCAUCGAGAGAGACAGCGGAGGAAGGCUGCUGAUGUACCUGAAGCUUCGCUGUGAUCUGCCCCCAAAGAGCGCUGCCAUCAACGUCUGUGCCACCAUCCCUGUUCCCAAAGGCUCUGUGAGUCUGUCUCAGGAGCUCAGCAGUCCUGAUCAGAGCGCAGAGCUGAAGCUGCAGAGCAGAGCCAUUGACUGGAAGAUCCCCCGCUUCACUGGAGGAACACAACUGUCUGCUCUGUUCAAGCUGGAGGUGUCCGGCCUCAGCUCCGCCUCCAUGUUGGAAGUCGGUCCGGUCGGUCUGAGCUUUGAGCUGCCCAAACUCACCGCCACGGGGCUGCAGAUCCGCUUCCUCCGCCUGUCGCCCGUCCAGCCCGGCCCAUCGCAGCGCUGGGUCAGAUACGUCACCCACUCAGACUCCUACAUCAUCCGGAUAUAACCCGAGCAUCUCAGCUGUUUGAUGACAGAGUUGCAGGAAACUAAUGAACUCACACAACUGUCAGUGUCCUUUCAAAAUAAGACAGAGCUGCUUUAAUCUUCAUGAACUUCUGUUUUAUUCAGUCACGUGUUUUGGUUUUGUUUCUGUUAUAAAAACUGGAACUGAAUUAAAAUCCAGGAGGAGAGGAUGAAAAACAGGAUACACCAGUGUUCUGUUGCUGUUGUUAUAAUCUCUUGAUGUUCUGUAUUUUCUCCUCAUGUCAACAAAGUGUCUAACAACAUAUUAGUCCAUGUCUGAGCGCUGUCUGACUUGCUCUCUGUGUCUCUUAGCUGCGAGCCCUCUGGUUCCUACUGAAGAAAAAUAUAUCAGCACAUUUUAAAGGUUUGGUAUGUACGUUGAAUAAAACCUCUCUGAGGCUGAUAAGUGAA